CACUGGUCGUCACAUCGGUUGAUCUUGACUCGACAUGAUACGCAUCUGCAUGUUUACUUCUGUUAAUUAAACUAUAUAAAACUUUUUUCAAGUAUAUAAAACUUUUUUAGAAUAAAAUGUCUCGAAGAAUUUAUUCGUCAAGUUUUUGGAUGAAUAGUUUGAUGGAUCAUCUGUUCUUUUCAAUCAAGAGAUUUAAUUUGGAUUCUACAAGUGGCUUGACUAAAAUAAAAAGAAAUGAUCUGGAUUACAAUUGCAAAUUUAUAAUCGCUUACGCAGGUGAAUCUAUAACAUGGGAAAUGAACUUUGAUGCACAAUAUCCUGAUCUUGGUCCUGAUUUAAUAUUAAGAAAAGAAGAUUUCUGGCACGAUGAGAAGAUGGAAGAAUUGAUAAGUAAUAUACCAAGUUUAGUUAAAUGGCAUAGUUUAAACGAUGUUCUUUUAUACGAAAUUGUGAAUAAUCUUCUGUACUUAUUAGAAAAAUACGAGGUAAAGCUGUUACAAGUAAACUCAGAAAAACUGUUCCUAGAAUAUACUUUGAUGAAAAACAAAUCAAAUUUAAAAAAUCUGGAAAUUUAUCAUAUCCAAGGAUCCAAAGUUCAAAAAUUGCAUAUUUCAUCAAAACUAUCAUUAAAUAUUCCUUUAUUACAACACCUUGAAAAUAGUAAACGAAUCGAUAUUCUGCUGUUUAUCGAUUAUCAAUAUUUUACGGCUAAAAUUAGUAUUCUGAAAUUAUAUUUGCCAAAAUGCUUAGAAAAUUUGUUUGAUGAAACCAAAUUAUCGAUUAUUUCUUCAUUGAAUGAUAGUAGACAUAUAACCGAAUAUAUAGACAGGAUUGAAAGUUAUAUUUCUAACGAGGUUGCUAUUAUUUCACACGACUUGGAAAAUAGAAAGCAUUUUAUUGCUAAUAUUAUUACACUACAAUACUUUUCCGUUUUAGAAUAUGAUGUAACAUUUUUUCAACACCUACGCCUACUUCUGAGUUAUUCAAAUUUGAACUUUAUAUUAGUAAUUCAAUUAACACCAUAUUUUCUGAACAAGCGAGUCUUAUUAUCAUUAAAGUCACUUCAUCAUAUGACAAAUCGAGGAAAACCAACACAAAUUCUUUUAUCUGACUUUUGUUUCCAUCCAAAUUGGAAUAUGAAACGUAUGAUUUCAGAAAUUUUCAUUUUUAUUAUAAAUUAUGUAACUGAAGAGUUUUAUGGGUACAAGGGUAAUGAACAGGCGAACAAACUGGCCAACAAGCAGGGUAUGGAGCAGGCAUUGACACAAACUGGGAGAUGGCGUGAGGAAGAGGAGGACUACAUUUCCAACGGGAAUGCCCAGCUCUAA